AUGGAUGAUGACGACUACGACGAGUUUGGCAACUUGAUAGGAGAUCCCCUCGAUUCCGAUGCAGAUUCGAGCUCUGAUGCCGAAAGUAUAUCCCAUAUAGAUUCUCGAGACCAUUCUGGUGAAAAUCCAUUGAAUUCUGUGCCAAUUGACAAAGAUGCCAAAACAGCUUCCCUGCGAGAUAAUGACAAUUCUAUGGCCAUAACGCGUAACGAAGGUAAGCAGGUGGGACUCAAGUCGACUUUCGGGCCAGAAGUCGAAACAAUCAUUGUUAAACCUACAAUGGAACAGAAAGACGAGCCCGUGAUUCUUCCCGAUAUACAAAAAAAAUUACGCCUUGUGCUUGACGAAUCUCUACCCGAGGUUGUUUAUUCAAGGGAGUAUAUGCUCCAAACUAUGUCUUCGCUACCCGAAAGGAUAAGGAAUAUUGCCGUUAUUGGGAAUUUUCACUCUGGUAAAACCAGCCUCAUCGACCUAUUCAUCCACCAGACUCAUCCCACCAUUAAACCUUCUACCAGUCUCAAAUCUUUCAAACCGCUUCGCUACCUCGAUAACCACUUUCUCGAGCUCCAUCGAGGGAUGAGCAUCAAACUGAGUCCUGUUACGCUUCUUCUUCCUGAUCUGAACGACAAGUCGUACAUUCUUAUUAUAGUUGACACUCCCUGGGUCAUUUUGACUUUGCAGACGAAACCAUAG